CCGCGUGUUCUAUGUCGCUGUGAUAGAAGUUGCGCAUUUGCUAUUAAGUGACCGUCGUUUUCGAAAUAUUGGGGCUGAAGUAUUAUCUUAAGUAUAUGCCAGAUAUAUGGAAAGCCAUUGUAGGAAAAUGAUAAGUGGAAUUUAUGCUGAAGAUGACGCAAAGGAAGUCAUAUUCUCAAGACUGGGUUAAAGCAGCAAGGAGCAGCGGCUGGCUGUCACCAUGCCAGGCAUUGUCGUGUUCAGAAGGCGGUGGGGUGUCGGAAGUGAUGACCUGGUGGUGCCAGGGGUCUUCCUCUUCGUUCUGCACCUCAUUUGGAUUGUUGUGCUGUGCGUGAUGUUGGCUGUUGUGGAGUUCGACCGCUCCGUGAGGUGUGUAGUCCUCCUGUGGGAGCACAUUCUAGGGUACCUCGCCAUAUUGAGCGGCUCCCUAUUGGUCGAGCUCUUCAUCUCCGUGGUUGCCAUGCGCGGCAGCAUCCUCGAUACAGAGGCCAGGGCGUCCAUGAAGUAUCUUCUCUACGUGCGACUCGGAAUUAUGUUGGUGGAGAUUGUGUGGCUCGUGCUGGGAGUCACGUGGCUGACCUACCACUAUCGGGACUGUCCCGUUGAGGGCGCCAAAGAAGCAGUUCUGGGAAUUGUGAUAUGCAACUGGUGUGUGAUGCUGAGUAUCCUCAUUACUGUCUGGUGCACAUUUGAUGCAGCUGGGCGAUCAUGGGUGAAGAUGAAGAAAUACCAGCGCAGCAUGCGAGAGGCUGAAUCCAAGUUCCAAUAUAAGAGAUCAGGCACUAGGCACCGCAACUGGAGGCAGAGAAAGGUGAUUCGAGCUUAUCAGGACAGUUGGGACCACAGAUGUCGGUUACUGUUCUGCUGUAUAAGAAAUUCUGACAGAAAUAGAAAUUCGUUUACAGACAUAGCACGACUCCUCUCUGACUUCUUUCGGGACCUGGAUGUUGUUCCAUCAGAUGUAGUAGCUGGAUUAGUCCUGCUGCGCAAAUUCCAGAAGAUUGAAAGGGAAGCCAUAGUCAAGCAGCAUAAGUAUGACACAUAUGAGUACUUGUCGGGAGUUGCAGUGACAUCACAGACCCAGUUCCUGGCUCUGAAUGAUCCAGAACAUUUUGAGCACUUUCAGACUGUGAUCCAUUACAUGCACUUUGCUCUGGGAGCAUAUGGCUGGCCCAUGUUCCUCAUGACACACAGUGGCUCUGGAGUUUGUCAGCUGUGCACUAGGCUCAGAUGUAUGUGUUUCCCUUGUUUGGGUGCCCAUGAUGGUGCGACAAUUGUGUCUGAUAACUGCUGCCAUUGUAACUAUGCGGCCCUGCGCCGGAUGGUGGAGAUUGGUGAAGUGGAGGUGAUCUAUGCAACAUACCAUGUGGAUGUGGGCGAGACGCCAUUUUUUGUAGCUGUCGAUUUCACACGGCGAAAAAUUGUUAUCAGCAUCAGAGGCACAUUGUCCAUGAAGGAUGUGAUUACUGACCUGAAUGCAGAAGGAGAGACAUUGCCUUUGAACCCACCAAAAGAAGACUGGUUAGGUCACAAGGGGAUGGUUCAGGCAGCAGAAUACAUCCGGGACAAACUGGAAGAAGAGGCAAUACUUGCACGAGCAUUCAGCCAUAGUGAAGAGCGGGGGACACAGGACUAUGGUCUGGUUCUGGUGGGACACUCACUUGGUGCUGGUACAGCUUCCAUUCUUGCCAUCCUCCUGCGCCAGGACUACCCCACACUGCAAUGCUUUGCAUACUCACCCCCAGGAGGAUCUCUGAGCAUGCCAGCUGUGGAAUACACCAAGUCCUUCAUAACUUCAGUGGUUGUUGGCAAAGAUGUGGUACCACGCAUUGGACUACAUCAGCUGGAAUCCCUAAGAGCUGACCUCAUUAACACCAUCAAAAGAAGCAAAGACCCCAAGUGGAAGACUAUAGUUUGCAGUGUUGUAUGUUGUGGCUGUGCGUCACUGCCAACUUCAGCUGCUGAGUUGAAAUCUGAGGACAGUCAGAUGGCAGAGUACCUGAAGGCAAAAGAAGUUGCCCGUGAAGUGGCUGUCCACCCCUCAGACUCCAGUAUUGCACUGACGCUGCAUCAGCCCCUGUAUCCACCUGGACGCAUCAUACACAUUGUGCGACACCAUCCCACAAAGGGAGAGCAGAAAUACGAGAAAAGAUGGAG